CCACCACCACCUGUCACAAAGGGGAAUGUGUAUUUGGUUGUAAACAAAAGUCCUCUGUUUUCUGAUAUUUUUUAGUAUAUUUUGUUUAUUUUUAUACUAAAAUUCGUUGAAUUUAAAUAAAUAAAAUACACAUUUUGAAUGAUUUUACAUAAAAAUGGAUCUAACAUCAUUCGACGACUCCCAAAGUGUUCUCUUCAAAGACUGCAUAACCAAACAACUUGAAGAAAUUGAUCUACUCUCUUCGAUCUAUUGCAGUCCCGGUGAAAUGAAUAUUUUCGAUCCAGGUGUGAUAAGUGAUUUCAAUGAAUACCUUAAAGGAUCAUCAAGCAUUCUAAGAGCAACAUUAGAGUUUGCAAUCGCCAUCAAAACGAGUCGUCGUGAAAAAAUCGAGAUACGAGUGGAGCUACCUCAUCUUUAUCCUGCAAUUGAAAAUGCCAUUGUUACCAUUCGCAGUGCAUUACUCUCCAAGACACAAGAGAAAUUUGUUAAAUCAGAAAUUGAAAAUUACAUUGAAUCAAUGGAAAAAUCCGAUACGUAUAUAUUUCAGGUGAUUUCUUGGAUUCAAGAACAAAUCGAUGAUUUUCUCGCCAAGGACACAAGUGAUCUUCAACAAUUUUUGGAGAAAAAAGAGACUCAAAUCGAGAUUGAUGAUUUUGAACGUUUGUGGAUUUAUUCACAUCAUAUAAAGAGUCGUUAUAAGAGACAAGAGAUUUGCAAACAAAGUCGUGAUUUAGAUUUGUCGGGGUUCCUAAGACCUGGCAAACCGGGAAUAAUAUGUGUUGAAGGUCUAAAGAAGAACACUCAGGAAUUUUGGAGGAUCAUAAAAUCAAUGCAAUGGCAUAAGAUCACAAUUAGGAAAAGCGAGGUGCGUCAAAAAGCUGGCGAGAAGAUGGACAAGUUGAGGAGAUUCGAUGGUUUUCGUGAGGAGCUAUUUAGUGACACUGGUGAUGAUGAGGGCACAAAAAUCAGCAUGGCACAAUUUAUAGCAUUUCUAGAUAAACAUAACUCAGGGUAUAUAAAAAAAGAACUCUUUGGUUUUGAAUAGCUAUAAGCUUUUAAGUUUUGUUUCAUUUUGUAAAUAUAUGUAUGUAUGUAAAUUAAUAAAUGUUUAAACAAUAAAAAAAACACGAAA